GCGGCAAAGGAGGCAAGGGUCUCGGCAAGGGUGGCGCCAAGCGUCACCGCAAGAUCUUGCGUGACAACAUCCAGGGUAUUACCAAGCCCGCUAUCCGCCGUCUCGCCCGUCGUGGUGGUGUCAAGCGUAUCUCCGCCAUGAUCUACGAGGAGACCCGUGGUGUCCUCAAGUCCUUCCUCGAGUCGGUCAUCCGUGAUGCCGUCACCUACACCGAACACGCCAAGCGCAAGACCGUCACCUCGCUCGAUGUCGUCUAUGCCCUCAAGCGCCAGGGCCGUACCCUCUACGGUUUCGGUGGCUAA